AUGUCGAAUGGAAAAGCUGUUGGAAUCGAUUUGGGUUCGACAUAUUCUUGCGUUGGAGUUUGGAUAAACGAUCGAAUUGAAAUUAUUACUAAUGAUCAGGGUCAUCGUACGACGCCUUCGUAUGUCGCUUUCACCGAAUCAGAACGUCUUAUCGGUGAUGCCGCAAAAAAUCAAGUUAAUAUGAACCCUUAUAAUACCGUAUUUAAUGUUAAACGUCUCAUUGGUCGUAAUUUUAGCGACGAAGUUAUUCAAUCCGAUAUUAAGCAUUGGCCAUUUAAAAUCAUCGAAAAGAAUGGAAAGCCUCAUAUCCAAGUCAGUUUCAAAGGCGAAAAGAAAGAUUUCACACCCGAAGAAAUUUCUUCUAUGAUCUUGGUAAAGUUAAAGGAAACUGCAGAAGCUUACCUUGGUACAAAAGUUAAUAAUGCCGUAAUUACUUCACCAGCUUACUUUAAUGACUCUCAACGUCAAGCAAUAAAAGAUGCCGGUGAAAUCGCUGGUUUGAAUGUUUUACGCAUAAUUAAUGAAGCAACCGCGGCGUCUAUUGCUUAUGGUUUGAAUACAAGAGCUUGUGGUGAAAGAAACGUUCUAAUCUAUGAUUUGGGUGGUGGUUCUUUUGAUGUUUCACUCCUAACUAUAGAAGAAGGAAUUUUUGAAGUAAAAGCAGUUGCUGGUGACACACAUCUUGGUGGUGAAGAUUUCGACAAUCGACUUGUAAAUCAUUUCGUACAAGAAUUCAAUCGAAAAUUUAAGAAAGAUCUUACAACCAAUGCACGUGCUUUCCGUCGAUUAAGAACAGCUUGUGAACGUGCAAAGCGUGAACUUUCAUCAUCAUUAAAAGCUUCCAUAGAAAUAGAUUCCCUUUACGAGGGUAUCGAUUUUUAUACCUCCUUAACACGUGCAAAAUUUGAAGAAUUGAAUCAAGACUU